UGGAGGCAAACACCGAGCUCCCCCUCAGCCGCCCGGGAGCAGGGAGGGUUCUGCUACCCUGAGGGGCCCUCCCCGCUGGGCAGAGGGUGUUCACCAUAUGUCUUGAGCAAAACUCUGAAAAUUCUCUUAGGAGUCUUCACCAGCAGUUGUGGCUGGCCUCCUGGUGACUUGACUUGUUCCUACACUGUUUGCAUAGUCUGUGGGAGGAACUCACAGCAUGUACUUCUGAAUGUACGCUUGCCUUGAGGAACAGCAACGUGACACAGGGAUGUGGACAUUUUCAACCAGAUGAUUCUAUAAGACAGUGUCGGCACACACUCAGCCUCAUCUAUGGCCAAGCAUUGGUUUCUUGUUUCUAGAAGAUGAAAGAUGUGAUGACUUAGGAAAAACAGGCAUCUGAGUAACUGUGGUAGGCGCUGGGCCAGAGGCCAUUCCUCUGCUUACUGCUUGCUGUUUGAGGUGUGAGUCCUCAGAUGUUUCUGCCACCAUAUCUGACAGCUGCUGCCAAGAUUCCUUGAUGUGAUGGACUCUUAAUGUCUCUACAACCAGAAGCCCAAAUAAACUCUUCUGCUGGGCGGCUGUUGUUGAGUUUUCUGCAUAGAGGAACAGAAUUUGACCCUAAGAUACGGGCUAGCACAUUAUUAUUUAUUGUUCUUAAUACCUGGAGGCUACUUGAAGACAGACUUAAGUCUCAAAGUUGGAACAUUUUAGUGGAUAAACCAAAUGAUCAAUCUUCCAGAUGGUCUUCAGAGAGCAACUAUCCUCCUCAGUACCUGAUUCUGAAGCUUGAAAGGCCUGCUAUAGUUCAGAAUAUUACAUUUGGAAAAUAUGAGAAAACUCAUGUGUGCAAUUUGAAGAAAUUCAAAGUUUUUGGUGGAAUGAAUGAAGAAAAUAUGACAGAGCUGUUGUCCAGUGGCUUGAAGAACGAUUAUAACAAAGAGACAUUUACCUUGAAACAUAAAAUCGAUGAACAGAUGUUCCCUUGUCGAUUCAUUAAAAUUGUUCCACUUUUGUCCUGGGGGCCCAGCUUUAAUUUUAGCAUCUGGUAUGUUGAACUUAGUGGCAUUGAUGAUCCUGAUAUAGUGCAGCCCUGUCUGAACUGGUACAGCAAGUACCGCGAACAGGAAGCCAUUCGCCUUUGCCUAAAACACUUCAGACAACACAACUAUACAGAGGCUUUUGAAUCCCUGCAGAAGAAAACCAAGAUUGCACUGGAGCAUCCAAUGUUGACAGAUAUGCACGACAAAUUGGUGUUAAAGGGUGACUUUGAUGCUUGCGAGGAGUUGAUUGAAAAAGCUGUAAAUGAUGGCUUGUUUAAUCAGUAUAUCAGUCAACAGGAGUAUAAGCCACGGUGGAGUCAGAUUAUUCCUAAGAGCACCAAAGGUGAUGGAGAAGAUAACCGACCAGGAAUGAGAGGGGGCCAUCAGAUGGUCAUUGACGUUCAGACAGAGACUGUGUAUUUGUUUGGUGGCUGGGAUGGAACACAAGAUCUUGCUGACUUCUGGGCAUACAGUGUGAAGGAGAACCAGUGGACAUGUAUUUCUAGAGACACUGAGAAAGAGAAUGGUCCUAGUGCCAGAUCGUGUCAUAAAAUGUGCAUCGACAUUCAGAGGAGACAAAUCUACACAUUGGGCCGUUACUUGGAUUCCUCUGUGAGGAACAGCAAAUCUCUGAAAAGUGAUUUCUACCGUUACGACAUUGACACCAAUACCUGGAUGUUACUAAGUGAAGACACUGCUGCCGAUGGUGGACCAAAAUUGGUGUUUGAUCAUCAGAUGUGUAUGGACUCAGAAAAACAUAUGAUCUACACCUUUGGUGGUAGGAUUUUGACAUGUAAUGGCAGUGUAGAUGACAGCAGAGCCAGUGAACCACAAUUCAGUGGUUUGUUUGCAUUCAACUGCCAGUGUCAAACCUGGAAACUUCUUCGAGAGGACUCCUGUAAUGCUGGCCCUGAGGACAUCCAGUCUCGGAUUGGACACUGCAUGCUGUUCCACUCGAAAAACCGUUGCUUAUAUGUGUUUGGCGGCCAGAGAUCUAAGACCUAUUUGAAUGAUUUUUUUAGUUAUGAUGUGGACUCUGAUCAUGUAGACAUAAUUUCCGAUGGCACCAAGAAAGACUCUGGAAUGGUUCCAAUGACUGGAUUCACACAGAGAGCAACUAUUGAUCCAGAACUGAAUGAAAUACAUGUCUUAUCCGGACUUAGCAAAGACAAAGAAAAGAGGGAAGAGAAUGUCAGAAAUUCAUUCUGGAUUUAUGAUAUUGUGAGGAAUAGCUGGUCUUGUGUCUAUAAGAAUGAUCAAGCUGCAAAAGAUAAUCUGAAUAAAAGUCUUCAGGAAGAAGAACCAUGUCCAAGGUUUGCCCAUCAGCUCGUUUAUGAUGAAUUACACAAGGUUCAUUAUUUAUUUGGUGGAAAUCCAGGAAAAUCUUGCUCUCCAAAGAUGAGACUAGAUGACUUCUGGUCACUGAAGUUGUGCAGACCUUCAAAAGAUUACUUACUGAGGCAUUGCAAGUACCUCAUAAGAAAACACAGGUUUGAAGAAAAGGCCCAAAUAGAUCCCCUUAGUGCUCUGAAGUAUUUACAGAACGAUCUUUAUAUAACUGUGGAUCAUUCGGACCCGGAAGAGACAAAAGAGUUUCAGCUCCUAGCCUCAGCUCUGUUCAAAUCUGGCUCAGAUUUCACAGCUCUAGGCUUUUCAGAUGUGGAUCACACCUACGCUCAAAGAACUCAGCUCUUUGACACCUUAGUAAAUUUCUUUCCUGACAGCAUGACUCCUCCUAAAGGCAACCUGGUUGACCUCAUCACACUGUAAACUGGGGAGUCGAAUUGAGGAAUUAGUGGGCUCAGAAGUGGAGACAGGAACUGGAGUUGGCUGUUGAUGUGGGCAGAGGUGGCACUGGAGUGACUGCAGACUGCGUCAGAGCUUUGAAGGAUCCUGAUUGUCACAAGUUUUAACCCUCUUCCCUCAUACCUGGCCUCAGUCCCCUUGUCCUCAUAGUCUUGCAUUAGGCUAAUAAAGUGAAAUUGAUAUACUUCCCAUUUAAUUACGCAUAUUUUUCUUUAGCUUUUAAGAAUUAACAAGAGUUAAUGAAAAUUAGGCUUUUUUUCUGGUUUACAAGUUUUCAAAGUUUAGUUUUAGUUAGGAAACCAGCACUGUCAGUAGACUCAGUGCUGUAGGAAUUUGGGGUUGUGCUGCUGAGUGUUUGGCCUUUGUUUCCUUUUUCUUCUCUUCCCCUUCAUUUUCCCUCACAUCACAGCCUGUGAGCGCUGUCUCUGGUUUACUCCCUCAUCCUUAACAGGCGUGCAGCUCUGUGGGACACAGGUGGGAUAUGUUUAGGUGACUGUGAUUGUUGACUUGUGGUUGUUGACUUUUCUUGUAUUAAACACAGAGUGGUUAGA